UUAUCUCCUUGAUAUAAACUCUCUUCCCCUCACGACUUCUCGAGUCUCUCAAUAAUCAGAUUGUUCGCAUCUGUCCUAUAUUAGCGUUUCUUGCUUUCCUUGUCCGACCGGGUCUUCUCCCUUGAAUACCUCUUAACCUAUUGAUCCUACACAUUCCUAUUAUUCCUAAUAUCAUGGCACCCAUCGCCAUCAGUCCACCAUCCACUCCAUCCAAGACCGACGAAACAAUAACUUCGGACCCCCUCUCCUAUCGUGGAUACGCUUUCGUACAUUGGUACGUCGGAAACGCCAAGCAAGCCGCCUCAUACUACAUUACCCGCUUCGGAUUCAGGCGGAUUGCCUAUCGCGGCCUGGAGACGGGGAACAGAGGCAUCGCCAGCCAUGUCCUCCAAAAUGGCGCCGUUACCUUUGUCUUGAGCAGCCCGCUGCGUGGAGCGAAACAGGCCUCAGAGGGACACAAGUACGGGAUGACCAAAGAGGAAACCGAGGAGAUCCGGGAUAUGUUGAUGCAUCACGAACAACAUGGUGAUGGGGUCAAGGACGUUGCGUUCGACGUCGACGAUGUUGUAGCGGUAUUCGAAAAGGCGGUUGCGAAUGGUGCUGAAGUCAUCUCUCCGCCAAGGACGAUAAAGGAUCAACACGGCUCCGUGCGACUCGCAACCAUCCGGACAUAUGGAGACACAACACACACCCUCAUAGAGAGAAGCAAUUACACAGGAGCAUUCCUGCCAGGGUAUCGAUCGGAGACACACGAUGACCCUAUCGCAAAAUAUAUUCCCACGGUGACUCUUGAAGGGAUUGACCACUGCGUCGGUAACCAAGAUUGGGACGGGAUGGAGACCGCCUGUGAAUACUACGAGCGAGUGCUUGGCUUCCAUCGCUUCUGGUCCGUCGACGACAAGGACAUCUGUACCGAGUUCUCCGCUCUUAAGUCCAUCGUCAUGUCGUCGGCGAACGAUGUCGUCAAGAUGCCCAUCAACGAACCAGCUCACGGCAAGAAAACGUCCCAGAUCGAGGAGUACGUUGAUUAUUACGGCGGCGUUGGCGUGCAGCAUAUCGCCCUGCGAACGCAAAACAUUGUUGAAGCCAUCACAAACCUAAAAGCUCGUGGAGUUGAGUUCAUCAAGGUCCCGAAGACAUAUUAUGAGGCCAUGUCGCAACGGUUGAAAGGGUCGGGUCGAAAUUGGGAGCUCCAGGAGGAUUUCGAGGAGCUGAAAAAGUUGGAUAUCUUGAUCGACUUCGACGAGGGAGGAUAUCUGCUGCAACUAUUCACAAAACAUCUAAUGGAUCGGCCCACCGUGUUCAUUGAGAUCAUCCAGAGACGGAACUUCGACGGGUUUGGGGCGGGGAACUUCAAGAGCCUGUUCGAAGCUAUCGAGCGCGAGCAGGAAUUGCGAGGGAACCUUUAGGCCUGGCACCUCCGUUUUUGAGCACUAUGUACCAGCCCUAAUUUUUUGAUAUCCUGGGACAAAGCCAGCCAUGUUGAUGGACUUUAGCGCGAGGAUCUGGUGCUAUCGGGUGUAUCUAAUAGCACAUAAUUAACCGGUCCACGAAGUCUCCCUUCAUUGACCCUUGAGGUCGGGCGGACAAUCUGGCUAGACCUUCUAAUAUGCCAUCGUCACCGUGUUCAACUUACUCAG